CCUUAUUGUUGCUGAAGGGCUUUCUGGGCGGAUAAGAUCUGCAAUGGAAAAGGACUUGUUUAAAGGUGAUGAUGUUGGCUCUAAUGGACUGUCAAUCUCCCAUCUCCAACUUACGGAUGACAUAAUUCUAUUUGGUGAAGCAUCCGAGGAAAACAUAAAGGCUGUAAGAAGUAUUAUAUCUAGCCUUAAAGUUAAUUACACCAAGAGCAAAUGGUGGGGAAGAUUAGCUAAUGAGAGGGAAGGACGACUUUGGAAGAGAGUGUUGAGGAAGAAAUAUGGUGGAUUAGGGGGGAAUUGGGUUAAUUGGGUAAGCCAAGGAAGUGGGUUAGGAUCUAGAUGGUGGAGAGAUGUUUGUAAAAUUAGUAGGCUUAUCGACAAUAAGCAAAGCGCAGUGCAAGACAUGGGAGUUUGGAUUGAGGAUGCGUGGAGUUGGAAACCAAAAUGGAGAAGGAAGCUACUAACGUGGGAGCAGGAUCAAGCAGAACAUCAACUACAACUACUAAACAACACACAGCCAAGGAAAACCAUUCGAGACAGGUGGUACUGGAGUCAUGCAAAUGAAGGACUAUAUACGCUACAAUCUGCAUACAGUCUCCUAGCAACUGAUAGUGGAGGGGAGAAACCAUUCAUCUUCGAAAAUGCUGGAACCCUCUAUUACCUGAAAGGGUUUGUGCUUUUAGUUGGUUUCUGGUACAAGGGCGAACACAGUGCAAGGAGAACUUGUUCAGAAUAAACAUUAUCAAACAGGAAGAUGACACAUGGUGUAGUUUAUGUGGGAAAGCAAAAGAGGAGGAGAAUCAUUUAAUAAUUUCCUGUGAAUUUG